AUGUCUACUUUGAACUACUUGGUGUUAUCGUUCUUGGGAGUGGUGGUUCUUCUUGCCACUUCAUCUCUAGCCGACGAGAGCCUUACAGCAGGCAAGCCACCUCGUCGUAAGCCACCUCCACUUCCACUGCCACCCUUUGCACAGCCCAAACCUAAUCAUCAUCACCAUCCCCAUCCACCUUCCGGAUCCCCAAUCAUACAACCCCAAACAGCCCAAGAUCUUGACCACCACCACAAGCCACCUUACUGGGCCCAUCUACCCCACCAUGGGGCCCAUCCACCACAGCACAAGCCUCAUCCGCCCCAUAGGGCUCCGAUAGCCUAUUGA